AUGGCUAACGUUAAUAACGAGACCACCGAAUGUGGUGCAUUGCUUUCGAAUAUCACUUCCCUACAGACGACGCUAACGUCUAUGGGAUGCCAAGUGCCCGCCUUGCAUCAUCAUCAUCGUGACAAUCACACCCACGGAGUGGUCGACGAUGGAAUUGAUGGAGACACUCACGGCGGGUGUGAAAGUGGUCAUGGCACGUAUUCCAUUGGACUGCAUGUUGUGGCGAUCUUUGUUGUGUUGAUUGCGUCGUUUCUGGGCACGCUGAUACCGAUAAUCGGAAAGUACGUGCCGGCACUGCGGCUUCCUCCGUUUGCGCUUGUCCUUGGCAAGUGCAUUGCAGCUGGAGUGCUACUGUCAGUGUCGACGAUCCACAUGAUUAAUGAAUCUAUUUUACAGCUACAGGAAGAUUGUGUUCCGGAGUCGUUUCGCGAAUCAUAUGAGGCAUAUGCAUUUCUGUUUGCUGUGGCUGGAGCGUUGCUGUUGCACAUGGUGGACGUCCUUUCUGGUUUUUGUGUUCGUCGGGAUGAAAUGGUUUAUAGUGAUACUUCGGCAGUUGUUCCGCAUGAGGUUAUCGAUGCCGAAGAAGCUCAAGCGGCCCCGGCUGCUCUUGAUGCGUACGAUGGUCAUCACUGCCACUACGCUGUCGGCAUGCCACAGUCGAGGACUAAACGUCUUUUUUCUGCAAUGUUUAUGGAGUUUGCGGUAACUGUGCACAGUGUGUUUGUCGGGCUGGCAGUCGGUAUCGCAAGGGAUGCGGAGACCAAAACUUUACUUGUGGCUCUGGUUUUUCAUCAGAUGUUGGAGGGCCUUGCUCUGGGCGCGCGUCUGGUGGAUGCAGAGUUGAGCUUGAAGCUUGAAAUGCUGUUUGCACUACUCUUCUCUGUCUCUGCGCCCCUGGGCACCGCAAUUGCCGUUGGCACGAUUGCGAUUUGGAAUGUGUCGAUGGUAGGAACCGCGUUCGUGAUUACACAGGCGGUCACCAGUGCUGUGUGUGGUGGGAUGCUGCUGUACCUUGCUUUCUGCCUCAUGUUGAGUGACUUCCCAUCGGAUAUGCAGAAACAUGCUGGGAAGGAUAAGGUAAGACGUUUCUUCAGAUGCUUUGGGAUGUUUGCGGCUCUUUGGCUUGGCGCUGCGUUAAUGGCCUUUAUUGGAAAAUGGAUCUAA